UUUACCUGUCCACUUGUAAUCAGAAGACAUAUUGCAAUAUUUUCACUAGUCGUUUUGCACGGGGAUCGAUCCCGGUAUACAACGUCAUAUAACGGUCUCUCGAGAGAUAUGUAUAUCUGUAUAUAUCAAUAUUGGUUGAUAUUGGCGGUCUUUUCCAGUUUGUCGGAUGAUGUGAUAUUAGGUAGACGACAAAUAUUGCGCAUAGACUAAUCCAAUUGCAGGCUACGUGUAAGAUUUGAUUUUUACGAAGAAUCCCGAAUGAUAAACAGAAAUUUGUGUGCCAUAUAGUUUGAAUCGAAUGUGUGAAUUGAUUUAAAUUUGAAGUAACUAACAAGUUGGAAUGUCGAGGUGUUCAUAUAGAAUGCCAGGAUGUAUCGCACACUAUGGGAUGUACUAGCUCAUUGGAAUCUUCUCAAUCACUUAACUGGCCAAAAGCUAAAAUACUAUACCCAAAAGUUGUUGAGAGAGGCGACAGAUUGACACCCAGAUCUUGGACAAGUGUUGUGGGUUCUGGUGGGGGUAGGGCACCAAAAUCUCACAAAUCGCUCGACGGAUUGUACAUCGACCCAGAUUUUCCUGCUGAACUGUCUUCCAUUUACAAAAAGAAAAUUUCAGAUAAAAAAAUUGUUUGGAAGAGACCCGUGGAAAUUGUUUCCAGACCAACUUUAAUAUCAGAUGGUACAAGUCGUCAUGACAUGACACAAGGCGAUUUAAAUGACUGUUGGUUCUUAUCAACGCUAUCGGCCAUUGCUGAAAAACCACAACUAAUGGCAAAGAUUAUCCCUGAUGAUAAUACAUUCGGUACUCGUCGGUAUGAUGGUAAAUUUCACUGUAGGUUUUGGCAGUUCGGCGAUUGGGUUGAUGUAUAUAUAGACGAUAGAUUACCAACAGUUGAUGGUGAAAUUCUUUUCGCACAUUCCUCGGAUCCGAAUGAAUUCUGGGUAUCUCUGGUAGAAAAGGCAUAUGCAAAACUAAAUAAAUCAUACGAGUCUUUGGAGUACGGGUUUGAGGCUGAUGCCUUUACGGAUCUAACAGGUGGACUAGCUGAAUGGUAUAAUCCUGCCGAAUUAAAAGACUCUGAAUUCUACUUAAUACGGGCAGCCUUUCUCUGUGGAGCUGUUAUUGGCUGUUUGAGCAUUGAUAAAGAAGAACAGUCAGAAUACAAUAGAAAGGGUAUGAUUUCCAACCAUUCUUAUGUUAUAACUGGUAUUGAAGAGAUUCCCUACAGUGAUACAGCAGCUAAAUUGAUAAGAGUAAGAAACCCAUGGGGUCAGACAGAAUGGGAAGGUGCUUGGUGUGAUGGGAGCGAGGAAUGGAACCGUGUUCCAGAACUGAUCAAAUUAGAACUUGAAGUAACGUCACAAGAUGAUGGUGAAUUUUGGAUGAGCUAUAAUGAUUUUCGUAAAGAAUAUUGUAAUAUGAUAAUAUGUAAUCUGACACCAGAUUUCGACCAUGAUGGUAUCAGUGAUAAAACAGAAUAUGAAAUAAAUCAAAAGGGAAGAUGGGUUGUAAACAUAAAUGCUGGGGGGUGGCUGGAGUGUGAUACGUUUUAUAAAAAUCCCCAAUACAUACUUACCUUAUAUGCAGAUAUUAGUGUACAGAGACGAUAUAAUGGUAGGUUACCUUUAGCAGUAGCUUUACAACAAGUUUACAGAAGGCAGGAAAUAGUAGAUGGUAAAGAAUUAUACGCCAUAGGUUUCGAAAUAUUUCAGCUUCAACAUAUACCUAGUGGUAAGUUAUGUAACGAGUUCUUCCAAAGAUCAGACCCUCUUAUGCCAGAAAAUGAAGAGACGUAUGCUGAAUAUCGGGAGACAGCAGGCAGAUUCUUCCUUGAUCCUGGGGUGUACCUGUUGGUCCCUAGCACACACCAACCCCAACAAGGUCGAGAUUAUUUACUCAGACUCUUUUCUGUUAGCAGAAUGGAACUUCGACCACUUGGUAAUUGUCUAGAUACGGGUUGAUAAGACGAUCAUGUUGAUUGGUUGCCGCCAUCUGGCAUUUCCUUUAAUGGACUUGGUGCUGUCGUUUUUCUGCAUAUGCUGCAGCCAGCUGAAAGCGGCGUUUGUUGCCAUAAUAACUGUUGCCAACAAACAGCAGUUCAAUAGACCUUAUGCCAAAGGAUUGUUAAUCAGAGAAUCCCAUCAGAUGAUUAUGAAAAGUUAUUAUGACUGAAGCUUCAUGGCUAGAACGUAUUAGAUUUUGUUUUCGAUUUUAUAUAUCGACUGCAUCAAUUUGAUUGUUUUUCGAUUUAUAGCCCCCAUCAAUAACUUGUAUCAUCACUACCAUCAAGCUGUUUAUUUUUUUUUUUUUUUUACCGGAAACCGGUCUAUUUCCACUGGAUAUCGUUUACAUGAAAACCGGAAAUUCAAUAACGAUAAUCUCGUGAGAGUUAGAAAUUAUAGUGCACUAACGUCAUAACAUCGCCAUGGCUACCAUGGUUACCUUGACUAUCUUGAAUUAUUUAUUACCGUUUAAAGGUUGACUUAAUCCAUUGAAUUAUAAUCAACAUGGCUGUUAUGAAAUUAUAAAAAAAAUGGCAAACAAUCAAUGAUUAAGUGGAUCCCUGGAAAUAGAAUCGUUCUUCCAAUAAUUGAGGACUUAUUAUAGAUAUGCUGUCAAACACAAAAUGGCCAAAGGUAGACAUACAUUCAUGGCAAGUUUAAUUUGUCAUGUAACCAAAAUAAACAAGUUUCUUAGAGAUAUUGAUUCCAUUUAACGAAAAAUAGACGUUGUGUUUUUCACUUGUGAGUGACGAACAUUUUCGAUCUAAAGAAUUUCGUAUCCGGAUUUAGAUUUUAAUUCGCGAAAAGAACAAGAUUCGGAUUAGCAGCAGUCAACCGCGACUGGGCACUUUGAUGAUAAUAGUGUAAACAAUAUCUCGCCACCGUCUUCAUUAGCUCGGUCGGAGCAGAAAAGUCUUGUGAUAAACACAAUUUCAUUUCGAUAUCUAGCCAUGAAUAUUGUGAAUAGAAAUAUUGAGGCCUGUUUUAUUUCGGUCUAUAUACACUGUAUAGUACCCAGCAUAUUUAAAACAUCUUGUUCAAUCCAGCAAAACCAAACAUGACAUUAAAACUUUUAAUAUCAUUACCGAAAUUGCACCGGCGUUUUAGAUUGCCUUUCGUAAAAUAUACCAAAAAAUCAGGAAAACGCUAGUAUAAAGCUUAUCCUUAUUGUUAUUGCCCCUAUUUACAAUAACACUUUUUUCUGUCAUCAUAAUAAUAAAUAAACACGCAUUGUUUUACGUUAUCCACAAUAAGGCACAUGGGAUCAAUGAUUUUAAUUGUACCACCCUACAAAGGUCCCCAGAGGGUUUAUGUCUCUUUGCUUAACAUAAUCAUAGGACAAUCUGAAUUUUAAAUUUGGCUACAAAUAUGUAUAUUUUAAGAAAUCGAUACUGUGCCUUUUUAUCAUAUUAUUAUCUUGUUAGUUCAUAACUGUUAUGUUUUUAUUAUUAUCUUCAUAUUAACUUUAAUAAUGUAUCCAUCACCUAUCACAUAACCACCCUUUCAUCUUUUACUAAUCAAUAAAAUAUUGUUUAAUAAA